AUGAAGAGCUCUGCGUUCCUGUUGGUGUUAGAAGCAUUAGCCUUUCAUUGGCACCAAAAUCACAUGACUCCCAGAUACAUAUAUAGAAUUACGUCUGCAAUUCGACAGAAGCGAAAAGAACAACCAGCGUGCAGUUACAAUGAAUGGCGAUGCGACGACGGUGAAUGCCUCAGAAUAAACAGCGAUUGUGACGGUUAUAUCGACUGUUACGACGGCAGUGAUGAGACAUUCGAGCUUUGUAGAAAUCGUGAGUGCGGCCCGUUCACCUUUCGUUGCAACUAUGGUGCUUGCGUCGACGAUUCCUCUCCUUGCGACAACUUGUCGCAAUGUGCAGAUAAAUCCGAUGAGUCACUGCCCAGGUGUCGCGGUGAAAACAUCAUAGAAGGCGAGAAGAUGAAAUGUCGAGAUGGCCAAAUGAUUCCUAAAGAACAGCGUUGCGACGGUAUCGUCAACUGCGCUGAUGGAUUCGACGAGACAGUGGCCGCUUGCGCCGAGCUGCGUUGCCGGUCCGAGCAGUUCCAAUGUGAAUAUGGUGGCUGCGUCGAUGGUCAGGCGCAAUGCAACGGUACAAUUGAGUGCGUCGACGGAUCUGAUGAAAAAGUCGAAUUAUGCGGUAGACGUAUAUUAGUUAGACCAACUACAGUACUACCUACGACGGCGGUACCCAGCUAUAAAGUUUCAUGA